AUGGAUGAUUCAUCUUCAACAAAGGCGACAGAACUUGUUAGUAACUUGGACGUUGAAGGUGUCACUGAUACUGAUACUCAAUCUUCAAGUCCACGAGUUGGUACUGCUGCAAAAGGAUGGUUUCAAGGUCAUGCCUUCAUCAAAAAGAACCUGCAUAAACCCGCCACUUGCCACCAUUGCUGUGAUCUCCUCUGGGGUAUUCUAGGAACUACUGGAAUGAUUUGUGAAAUCUGCAACUUCCUGUCGCAUGAAAAAUGUAUUCGACAGGUCGUCUCCCCCUGUACCUGUAUAAUUCCAUUCCUCAUUCAGGUAUGA